AGGUUGUUGAAUUUUUUUUGACUUUUUUUUUCUGGGCGUUAAUUCAAACCGCUGGUUUUAUAUUUCCUCAGAUCCGAACGGUUUGGUGGUGUCAAAAAGAGAAAAAAGGGGGUUUUGCGUAUUUUCCCAUCAUAUUAUCACUCGUUCUCUCUCUUUUUUUUGGGCCCCCUUUAUUGCAUUUUCCAUAUGAUAAGGAAAAUAUGACGACACCCACUUGCGCCCAAGAAACCGAGUUUGUCGCUCUUUUGAAAGAAAUCACCAAAUUACAGUGGGUGCGCGAAUCAUUACCUUCUCAUGCCCACCAUUAUGAAGGGCUCAAACAACGUUACAAAAGAGAACAGCACUUCAAAUCGCUGUUAGAUAAUCAGCUCGAGGAAUAUCGUAGCAAACAAGAUCAGUCGGGCGUGUUUCGCGGCAAACGAUUAAGUCUCGGACGAUCAUCACCGCCCGAGAGCUCCUUUGUCGAUAUCAUAGAACCACUCAAGCGCCACGAAGCAGCGAUCGCCGAGCUCGAGACGCAACUAGAAUCAGCUGAACACAUGUUACAAGAUCUUUUGAUUCACAAACAAAAGCUGGACGAUCUUUGCGAACAUUUACACACUUUGUACGAUGAGGUGGUACCCAGUGCAGCCUACACUAGUUCCACCCACACGGAACAAAGUUUACGAACCGAAGUGCAUGACCUGGCCGAAGCGAUACCACAGAUCGAACAUCAAAUUGAUACCAUCACUCAAGCACAGAAAAAAUUGUAUGAUGCAAGGGAAUUGAUGGAAAAAGCCAUGAAAACUUUACCAGGUGCCGCUGCUUUUUUGGAUCGCCAAGCAAUUGCUUCUGAGAGCAACGGUUCACUAUUCAGUAAAUCGGGAUCACUAGGAACCAUCUUAAAUUCUGGUUUAUCCGUUAAAGACGCGGAUCGUCUUGCGCAGCAAGCUUAUCAGUUACAGGAGGAUGCAUCUAAGGAAUGUGACUAUGUGCCAUUAAUACCCACUACAUCCAUUGACAAAGAUGAAAACGUGACGAAUAUUCUGACUUCAUAUCGAGGUUACCGGUUAAAGUUGGAAUCAUUACUGCGAACGCAAAUCAAUCCUCGGUUAAACAAAUUGCAAAGCCAACUGGCGAUGACUCGAUAUCAUCACGCACAAAAGACGAUCGAAUGGAUUGAUCAGCAAAUCAUGAUCCUGCAAAACGUGCUAAGGGAGAAUGGCUUUCUCAAACAUGUUUCACUGGAACGAGAAAUCUCCAUUCUACGCAUGGGAUCCAAUGCUGCCCUGGUAGCAGUUGCUGCAGAGACCAGUGGACGGAUUACCAUCGACGACGCACUGGAAGUGGAUCCAGCCACUGCCAAUGGACUGGAAGCUGAAAAUGGGGCGUUGCCUCAAUACAGUGCGAAUGGAGAUUCGGGAUCUUCUGAUUUAACCAACGCUACUUUGCCAAUGUAUAUAUCCUCUGAAGCACAGCAAGACCGACCUCCCGCAUACACCGACUAGACCUUCGGAUACACAAGCUUCCCUUUUUGUAGUAUUUAUAAGAUUUUAUUUCAUUUUUUCAUUUUCUGCUUUCUGUGAACCCGAUCGUGGAAUAAAAUGGGGGCCAGAUAGAAUCCCCGAUAACGUCAUGCUCAUUUCGCCCAAGAGCUAAAACAUCGGAAUUGUCUCUUUUAUC